UGGAGUACCCCCAACUAAACUAACAAAACCAGUGGCAGAAGCAAUAGAAGUAGCUGCAUCUCUAUCUCAAAUCUCAACUUCCAAACCCUAGAAAUAAUUCCCAUUCAAAAUCCCUAACUUUUCGCUCAUUUGCUGCAAUUCAAUCUCAAAGGGCUUCAAAAAAAAAAAAAAAUCUUUUUUCAAACCACCCAAUUCCAUUCGUCUCCACAAGACAUCCCUUUUUCUCAACUCCUGCGAUUUCGAUCUGAAACCUCAGCUCUCUUCAUUCUGUUAAUUUCUGGAAAAAUUAGGUUUUUUGUGGAAUUGGGUAUUCAAUCUUGAAGAAAUUAGAGUUGAAUUGGUGCUGGCAAUGCCAUUGGUGUAGUUAGUGGGGAAAAAAAAUUCAGUAGAUUUUUGUGAAACUGAAAAAGCAUAAUGUCUUGGGCUGGUUCUGAAGAUAUCUACCUUUCUACUUCACUUGCUAGUUAUCUUGACAAGAAACUUCUUAUAUUGCUAAGAGAUGGUAGAAAGCUCAUGGGGACACUUCGUUCUUUUGAUCAAUUUGCUAAUGCUGUUCUUGAGGGUGCAUGUGAGAGGGUUAUUGUUGGUGAUCUAUAUUGCGACAUUCCUCUAGGUCUUUAUGUAAUCCGUGGAGAAAAUGUUGUUCUAAUCGGUGAGAUGGACUUAGAGAGGGAGGAACUUCCCCCACAUAUAACUCGUGUUCCUACGGAAGAAAUCAGGAAGGCACAAAAAGUAGAAAGGGAUGCUUCAGAACUGAAAGGGACUAUGAGAAAAAGAAUGGAGUUCCUUGACUUGGACUAGUGAUUAACUCUCUACACUUGCUCAUCCGCAAAUAUUAUAGCGGCAUUUCUCGGAUAUUGUUGGUUGGUUUUCAUGGGAGGCAUGAAAACAUUGUUAAAAUUUAUUGUGUAAUAUUAUUCCUUGGAAUCAAUACUAUAAUUAUUCCUUUGCUUUCUUUUCUUGUCAAAAAAGAAGGAAAAAAAUGUCAAUUAUUUUAUAGCAUGUUUUCAUCCAUAGCUGACAUUUUGAAUAUCUGGUUUGGAAAUUUGGAAAUGAAAAGGCUUCUAGUUAU